UCAGCAGCAGCAGCAGAUCGCAGUCAGCAGUUAGAUUUUUGAAUGGUUCUGAUGACAAACUUUUGAAAGUUGAGAAGCCACUUACAGACAUUGGAAGUCGAUCACCGCGGUAAACAUAAGUUACACUUUGAUGCUGUCCUUGAAGGUCUAUUCCAAGUAAAAUGUCACAACAUAAAUUAUCCAUUACCCUUAAUAUGAAUUUUGGAUAGCGUCGGCCCUGAUAUUCAAUAUCUGCUGCUGUACAACCUUUUAGUUAGAGGAAUGGAAUAGGCCAGAGAAGCCAUUGCUACCUUGUCCUUAACUGUGUGUCCCUUUUGAUUGGGAGGUUACACCUUUCUAUGAGACGAGGGUGUAUGAAACUCUGGCUACUGCAACUAUCAAAAAGUGCACGUACUUUGUGUCUUUCAAUACGAAUCACAGGAGAACCUCUCAAUAAUUUUGGGCUGUGAUUUUUGAUAUGCAGUGACUUCGUCAGGUUUUUGUGGGUUGAAAACUGCUUCUAUGCAGACUUUUAUGAAACGUCCCCUUUUAUGACACUUGAAACAAAACACAUUUCGGGCUGGACAUUUUAACGAUGAUGUUUCUUUUCGCACAGAAAAAGCAAGUAGAAUUUGCAGUAGCAGAUAUUUUCUCGAUAUCACACGAUGACUUAUUGAAUGGAGUUUCACUGUUUUGAGCUGACACAGUAGAAGAAAGAUCGGAUACUCGAUAAGCUUCAGUGUUCUUAAUUGCUAUUUCUAAGCUCCUGGCUCGAUCGAAUGUCGUAUUAAAUUAAGAUGUUUGUUUUCCAACGAGCGCGGCCGUAUCCAUGUGGAGUUUAAUCCCCGGAUAAAAGCGUCUCGGACAUAAGCAUCUCGAUUUUGAACAGCAAAUACAGUUUUGAAAUUACAAUGUUGCUUAACAAUUUCAAUGCUUGCAUGUAUUCGCCUACAUUUUCAGAUGCUUGUUGGUUCCUGGUUGCCAGAACAUGCCGAGAAUUAACUUCAUUGCGGGGUUUGACAACAUUGUUUUCAGAAUCUCAAUCACAGUAUCGUAUGAUUCUGCCUCUUCAAUAUAUUGGAAUAUACGAGGAAAUAUGAAAUUCACCAAUACACCCAGUUUAUGCGUUACGGCGUUCAGAAAAUUAUCGAAAGUCUUCUUCCAGUGCAGCCACUCACAGGAUGCUUCAUGAGAGUUAGGAUCUACCUCUAGUCUCUCAGGUUUCAGAACCUUGUCCAUGCUUAUACCAGAAUACUCUUGUGAAAUGCGAUAAGUUGAAUAAAUUGUAAUGAAUGAUAAAUGUAGUACCUUGAUAUAAGGCUUUCUUUAUUCAGCCUAAAUCUGAAGCACACUUGGAAUGAAUCUAAAGUAAAAUAUAACACAAGUAAAUGUUAUUAAACAAGAAAACAAAUACGUAGCGAAUUGCUGAUUCUAACAGUAAGCGGCCCCAUAGUUGAAUAAAUAAAAAUGGAAGAACUACAUUACAUCUACAACUACUCUACAUCUACAGCACAGCAAUAACUGAUGUCUGAUUUAAAACGCUUCAGCAAUCAUCGCUAGACUGCAGCUGUAUAAACGAAUAGAUUCAUUAAGUUACAUUUACAAGGUAUUACAACAUGUUAUGGGAAUAACGACGCAAGUCAAUUCUGAGACAUCUGUACAUAAGGUUGCAAUAUAGGAUGCCAUAAUGCCCCAUAACAGCUGAUCGUUCCUAACGCGAAGUAUGUGCUGGCAACAACGACGACGAUGGACCUUUCCCCGACCUUUGACCCCCGAAAAAUUCUUCCUAUACUUUCCAUUGCAAAAUUUUCGGGGCUUAUUUCAAGAGUUGUUUCGCGACAUGGCGCCUAUAAAAUGGGGUAUGUGUUUUAAACCAUCAUUAUGAUUCAUCGCAUGUAACAAUCUGUUUUUAAAAGUACCGGUAAAGAAUUUCAGCCCAGUCUAUUACAGCUAUUUCUAAACUAUUUUUUAUUUCUGCAAUUAAAUUGAAACUCCUAAGAAGACAGAGUGAUCAUUGAAUUAUCUGAUUUAUAUUUAAAUUUCCGAAACACAACGGAAAACUAACAAAUAGAGUUCAAAAACGCAAAAACUAGGUAAUGUUUACGACCGCGCCUGGAAAUCUGUCUGAGUGAGAAAAGUGUCUGAACGGAUGCGAAAAGGAAGCAUUGUUUGUUCAAUUCAAAACGCGUCGCCAGAUCAUAUUUGUAGGAUGAAGCUGAGUUUAAUGACGAAAUGCAGUAGAAAUCUUUCGCUUACAGAAACUCCAAGAACGAUUUUAAGGUUGAAAUAUGAACAACGAUUCCAAACAAGUGUAUAGUAGAUGUAAUAAAUUACUAUGAUUUAAGUUCCAUUCAACGCUUAGUUGAAUUUUAGUAACUGUGCCUAUUUCCAAGACAUCAAAAUCAUGGAGUGCUCGACGUUCCGCAUAGGUACAAAGGACAACAUUGAUGUAUUUGAAGGAAUAACAAUGAACGAAGCGGCAAAAUUCAUUUCAAGUUUUCCUGCAGGUCGCAAGAAUUUUGACGACAGUUUCUAUAUAUGCGAUUUCGGAGAUUUUGCAAAGAAGCACAAACGAUGGCGGGAGUUAUUUCCCAAUUCUCGUCCGUUUUACGCAGUGAAAGUUGCUCCAUAUCCACCAAUGAUUAGAUGUUUGUCUGCAAUGGGCACUGGAUUUGAUUGCGCCAGUCAGGAAGAAAUUGAUUUGGUAUUAAACAAUGGAUCAACUCCGGAUUCUAUCAUUUUUGCCAACCCGUCAAAACCAGUCUCACAUAUUAUUCAUGCAAAAGAGAAUGGAGUGAAAAUGUUGGUAUUCGACAGUGAACUAGAACUUCAGAAGAUCAAGAAACAUUUUCCAGAUUCAAAGUUGGUUUUACGAAUGAGCGUUGACAAUCCAGUAGCAGAGUUUCCUCUAGACGGCAAGUAUGGUGCAACAUUGGAAGAGUCCCGACAUCUGAUCAAUAUUGCAAACUUAGAGGACAUGAAGAUAAUAGGAAUAAGCUUUCAUGUUGGUAGUGGAUGCCUUGAUGCCAAUUCAUUUAAGGAAACAAUUGAACACGCAAGGGAACUGUUUGAUUACGGAAGAACACUAGGAAUGGAUUUCGAUAUUUUAGAUAUUGGAGGAGGCUUUCCUGCACUUUCGGGAUCCGCUCUAUCAAUCGAGAAAAUAGCGUCAACCGUGAAUGCCUCUUUGGAAAUGAAUUUUCCCGCAAAAAUAUUUGAUAAAUUGCGUGUUAUCGCGGCGCCAGGACGAUAUUAUGCAGCAACAGCGUUUGUUUUGGCAACAAAGGUGAUAACUAAACGGGAGCACUCAAAACUGCCUAAAGUGGAUGUUGAAUAUACUCUAAACGAAGGAAAGCACGGAUCUCUGCAGCUUUCUUAUGGGACUCUACCGGGAGAGAUGAUUCCUUAUGUUCCGGAGGAAAAAGCAAAUAAGAAUCGCCAUUAUGCUUGGCUCUGGGGUCCGACUUGCGAUAACAAGGCGUUAUCUAAGAGAAUAUUAGUGCCAAAAUUACACUUCGACGACUGGCUGUUUUGGAAAGAUGCCGGGGCUUACACUUUUGCAUGUUCUACUGGAUUUAACGGAUUUAAAACAACGGCAUUUUAUAAUAUUAUUUCAACAGAAAAUGAGGCAAUAUUUUGGUCACUCAUGAAUGAAAAAGUCGAAGUAAUAUCGGAGCGAUGAAGAGAUUGUCUCAAUUUGACGAUGGAGAAAAAAUCAAGCAGAAAUACAUAGUUUAUUUUAAGUUGUUAUUGUUGAAGAAGUUUUGUUAACCGUUCGAAACACUUGUGUUACUCAAAUAAAUUAUAGGUGCAAAAGAUAUAGCAUUUUUAAGCAAAAUAUACUGUUAUAUCUGUCGAUAAUUUAUUUUUUUUUUGCAAAAAAUAAAAGCAUCAUUAGGUUACUGUUCCAUUAAUUUAAAUUAGUAUGUAUAUAUUUAAAGAUAAAAGGUACAUUUUUUCAAAUUUAGACUGAUUCAUAAACUCGACAGUAUAUAGUUUUUUUUAAUUUUUCCGACGGGAACUAUUUGGAACAAAAUUGUUAUUAUCAGCUUUAUAGAAAAAAUUCUGUAACGGAUAAAUUUCAAUUAGAAAAACGACCUAAAAAUGAAUAUUAGUUCAAAAUUGAAUGUCGAUAUCCUGAAGACUUGAGGCCCCUAGACUUAAUGCUGAUUGUAAAUUCAGUCUCGCAUACCAUUAAGGCUACAUGUUGAGCUGCGAGUACGAACGUUGUCAGACUGGCCCGGCCUAAUGCCGUAUGGUGGCGCCAUAUUCGUUAGAUUCAUGUGUUCUAUAUAGAUA